CACACACCUUGUAACUUCCAGGAAAAUUUGCAAGUGCUGCAAAAUAAUAAAUAUGAACUUCUGAUUAUUUCUGACACUGUCAUGUCAAAACGAAAAAGUAUAAAUCUGACAAAGCUUAAAUCAAAAGUAGACGAAAGCAGACAGGCAACAAUUUCCAAAUUCUUUUCGUCAAAUACAACCGACAACAAUACUAAGACAUCGAAAAGUUAUGAGCCUGAGGUCCAAGUGAUAAAUAUAGAUGAUUCUCCGGUAAAAUCUACGGCUCCAAGAAAGAUUCCUUCAUUCAGUCAAAAGAAAAGACCUAGAGAAGAAAAUGUUUCUGAAGGUGAUUCAUCUAAAAAGAAAUGUUUAGAUGUAUCAGCUGGUAGAACUAAUGGAAAUAUAGCUCCAAAUGAUGGACAACAACCAGAAUGCUCGUCUAAAGUUAUCUUAAAUGAAUCAACAAAAUUGAAACUAAAACAAUUUGAACCAGAUUUAGACAGAGAGAAAACAGAGAUUAGCAUCAAACAAUUUAAGAAAGGAAAUUUAAACACAGCUAACAAUGCAGCUAAAACCAAGAAUAAUCAUAGUGAUUCUGACAGUGAUGAAGAUGUGAUAAUCAAAGAUGAUCGUCUAUCAGUGUUUAGCCAUACAUCUCAAUCGUCAACCCCUAGUAAAGGGAAGUCACCAAUCAAUAAACAGACAAAAACUAAAUAUACACCACUGGAGCAACAAUAUGUUGAUAUUAAAAAUAAGUACCCUGAUGCUUUACUACUUGUUGAAUGUGGUUACAAGUACAGAUUCUUUGGAGAAGAUGCAGAGGUAGCAGCAAAAGUACUGAAGAUAUUUUGUCAUCUGGAUCAUAAUUUUAUGACAGCAUCCAUUCCAACACAUAGAUUGUUUGUUCAUGUUAGAAGACUGGUUUCUGCAGGAUAUAAGGUUGGUGUUGUAAAACAAAUGGAGACAGCAGCUUUGAAAGCAGCAGGUGACAACAAAAGUGCUCCAUUUACCAGACAACUACAGUCAUUGUAUACCAAGUCUACAUUGAUUGGAGAAGAUGUAAAUCCUAUCUCAGGGGAAAUAACUGGAGAGGCUACUGUUGAGGAGCAGACGUCAUUUCUGUUGUGUGUGUAUGAAACACCACCAGAUAAAACUAAACAAACAUCUAUUGGAAUUCUGGCUGUCCAACCUUCAACUGGUGACAUUAUUUAUGAUUUUUUCAAUGAUGAUGAUACAAGAAGUGAACUGGAAACCAGGAUAACCCACAUACAGCCAGCGGAAAUACUAAUACCUUGUAACCUGUCUUCAAAAACUGAGAAAAUAAUCAAAGGAAUCAUAGAUAUAAGUACAUCAGAGGAUGAUAGAAUAAGAUUAGAAAGACAAUCAGAGGAACAUUUUGAAUAUGAUCAAGCAUUUCAGACAGUAUCAGAUUUCUACAAGUCUGAUGCUAAAUGUGCUGGUAGAAUUCAGGAGAUAAUAAAUUUACCAAAACCAGUUAUAAGCUGUUUGUCAGGUGUUUUGGUGUACCUCAAAGAUUUUGGACUAAGCCAGAUUCUGAAACUUACUGGGAAUUUUUGUCAGUUUUCUACAAAAUCCCUCUACAUGCAGCUACAAACUAGUGUACUCAGGAAUUUAGAAGUGUUUCAAAAUCUUACUGAUGGAAAAGAGAAAGGAUCAUUAUUUUGGGCCCUUAACCAGACUGUUACUAGAUUUGGUGGUAGAAUGUUAAAAUCAUGGUUGAAAAAACCCUUGCUUUCAGCAAAACAUAUUUUAGAUAGACAGGAAGCAAUAAAUGAAUUACUACAGGGCAAAAAUACACAGGUUCUUGCUCACCUCAGAAGUUCAUUGGCACAGACACCUGACUUAGAAAAAGGAAUCAGUUCAGUAUAUUUCAAAAAGUGUAGUGUACUUGAAUUUUUCUUCGUAUGUAAGUCUCUACUUAAAUGGAGUGAAGAUGUCCAGUUAAUAACUAAACAGUUAGAUGGAACACUAUCAUCAGAAAUACUCACUGAUAUACUCAACGAUAUUCCACAGUUAUUGGAAGAUGUUAAAUCUUUGUUAAAUAAUUUACAUGAAAAUAAUGUCAGGGAUAAAGAGAAAACUAAUCUGUUCUCUGAUGAAAGUCUGUUUCCUACUGUACAGAUGAGAAAAAAAGAGAUAAAGGAUGUGGAGAAGGAAAUGUUAGAUCACAGACGAACUGUCAGGUUGAUAUUGAAACAGCCUGCUUUAGAUUACACUACUGUAUUAGGUACUGAAUACUUAAUUGAAGUGAAAAACAAAGUGUCACAUGUUGUACCCACUGAUUGGCUGAAGAUAAGCAGUACAAAGGCAGUUAGUAGAUUUCAUCCUCCAUUUAUACAAGCAACUUACAAGAAACUAAAUCAACUAAGAGAACAGUUGAAGAAAGACUGUGAUGAAGCUUGGUUACAGUUCCUAGGGUGGUUUGAGGAUGAUUACCAGAAGUACAGGAAAGCAGUUCAUCACAUAGCUACAUUAGACUGUUUAUUUUCCCUAUCCUUAGUGGCUAGGUUACAUGGAUAUUGUAGGCCGAAAAUAAAGGAGAAUGAAGUUUGUAUAAACAUUGAACAAGGACAACAUCCAGUAAUACAACAGAUUUUACAAGGAAGUCAACAGUUUGUUCCAAAUAAUACCAAUAUAUCUACAAAUGAGACUAAGGUUAUGAUAAUCACAGGACCAAAUAUGGGAGGGAAGAGUUCUUAUAUAAAACAAGUAGCUCUGAUUUCUAUCCUUACACAGAUUGGAUCUUAUGUUCCUGCUGAAUCAGCAGAAAUGGGAAUUGUGGAUGCUAUUUACACCAGGAUGGGAGCUUCAGAUGAGAUUUACAAAGGCAGAAGUACAUUUAUGGUAGAGUUACAGGAAGCCUCUGACAUAAUGUUAAAAGCUACACCAAGAUCUUUGGUUAUACUGGAUGAAUUGGGCAGGGGUACCAGUACACAUGACGGUGUAGCAAUAGCUUAUGCUUCUUUGGAUUAUUUUAUAAAACAGGUUAAAUGUCUGACGUUAUUUGUAACGCAUUACCCAGUAUUAUCAGAACUAGAACAGACGUAUCCAAAUAUAGUGCAGAAUCAUCACAUGUCAUUUAUGGUCAAUGAAGACUCAGGUAAAAUAGGUGACGAGGACAGCUCCAAUGCAGUGACAUUUUUGUACCAGCUUGUCAGUGGCUGUGCUGGGAAAAGUUAUGGAUUAAAUGUGGCAAGACUGGCAUCAAUACCUCAGGACAUUUUAAAUACUGCAGCUAAAAAAUCUCAGGAGUUUCAUAACUUGCUUGUUACGAAGAGAGAGAGAGAAGAAGAAUUCAGGAACAUCUACCUUACUGAAAACACCACAAUUUUAUAUCAGACUUUACAAAAUUCUUCUGUUAUGCAAUAAACAAUUUUUAGAUUCAAA